UUUGAUAGACUCCCCACUUGUUCUCUCGUCUGGAUUAUAAACUAGCCUACUGGAGCCGUUACACGCCACAAUCUACCGUGGCUCCUUUGAUCUAGUCACGGUGCUCUCAUGCCCUCUUCUUAUUCACUCAAACCUGCUCUUCUCUCUCUCUCAGACUAUUUCCAGGUUAUGAGGGAUCGAAGCUAAAGAUGGAGCUUUUCUGGAUUUUGUUAUUUUAUAUCAUCCACCCAUACACACGAGGGCAAGGAGUUUACGCCCCUGCCAAUGCCCAGAUCUCACACGCGGGCCAGGCAUGCGUGGUGAAGGAGGACAACAUCAGUGAGAGGAUCUACACUAUCAGAGAGGGAGACCGCCUGGAGCUACAAUGUCUGGUCAAAGGACACCCACAACCACAGGUGCGGUGGACAAAGACAGCAGGCAGCGCCUCUGACAAGUUCCAGGAGACGUCCAUCUACAACGAGACACUGCGCAUCGAGGGCAUCCAGCGGGUGCAGGGCGGCCGCUACUACUGCAAGGCCGACAACGGGGUGGGGGUGGCUGCCAUCAAGUCCAUCCGGGUAGACGUGCAGUACCUCGACAAACCCGUGCUGACAGUGCACCAGACCAUCAGUGAUGUGCGCGGGAGCUAUUACCAGGAGAAGACGGUGUUCCUGCGCUGUACGGUCAACUCCAACCCCCCAGCCCGCUUCAUCUGGAAACGUGGCAACACGCCCAUAGAGCAGAGCAAGGAUACCGGAGUGGACAUCUACGAACCGCUCUACACACAGGGGGAGACCAAGGUGCUGAAGCUGAAGAACCUGAGGCCAAAGGACUUUGCAAACUACACGUGCGAGGUGACUGUUCGCAACGUGUGUGACAUCCCUGAGAGCUCUGUCACCUUUCGGCUCACCAAUGCCACCACUCCCCCUGCUCUACGGCUGUCGGUCAACGAGACCUUGGUGGUGGACCCCGGGAAAGACGUGACCCUGUCGUGUGAGGUGACCGCCGGAUUCCCUAAGCCCACUGUCACCUGGUCGCGCUACCCCAACCCAUUGCCGAGAAACUCGUUGGUAAGGAAUGGGACUCUGACACUGCGCUCGGUCACGCCCGCCGACUCAGGCUUCUACAACUGCACAGCGGUCAACAACGUGGGGAACCCGGCCAAGAGGAACGUCAACCUCCUCGUCCGAAGUAUGGGCAACCUCACCUUCCAGAUCACACCCGACUCCAACAAGGACAGUGAGAGCAUCCAGAUGGGCCGCGAUCUCAAGCUCUCUUGUCACGUGGACGCACAGCCCCAGGACAAGGUCAACUACACAUGGUACAAGAAUGCGGCACUAGUCUACAACUCGGACAGCUUGAUCGUGCUGCGCAGCGACCCGGACAUGGCACCGGGCACAAGUAGCCUGGAGAUCGUGGACAUGAAGUUCCGUGACCAGGCCACCUACAGCUGUGUGGCCAACUUUCCUGGGAGCACGGUGCCCGAGUUGAGGGUAGAUGUCAACAUUACCCAAAGCAGCGUCACUCCCCCAAUUUUGACGGUGCCGGCAGGGGGCCAGGUGGUGAGUGUGAGGGAGGGAGGCUCUGCCGACCUGGUGUGCCUGGUGGAUGGCAAGCCCCGUCCGCCUGUGCUCUGGUCACGCGCCGACAAGGACCUGCCUAUGCCCACGGGUGAGUGGGCGGUGGAGACACGCAACGGGCGACUCCGGCUGACCAACGUCACCCGUGACCUGAUGGGUUCCUAUCGCUGCCAAACGGCGCCCUACAAUGGCCUCAACAUCAAGCCACGCCAGGCACAGGUGCAGCUCAACGUGCAAUACGCUCCAGUCCUGGACCCGGUCUUUCAGGAUGUCCGUUCACCCAACUACCAGUUUGUGACGUUGCGCUGCCUCAUUCAGAAGUCCAACCCGGCACGAGUGGCCAGUGUCCGCUGGGUCCGAAACGGCGAGCCCCUGUCCUCCCUGACCCCGAACCCGCAGGAGAACCCGCAGCUGAAAUUCAAGCUGGACCCCAGCAACAACGGCACAUACGAGUGUCGCGUCAGCAACGGCGUGGGCAGCUCCACCUGCACCUUCAACGUCUCGUCCCGUCCAUACAACGCAGAGUUUUACUUUGAUACGCCCAACCCCAUCCGCAUUCAGAAGGUCAACAACUACUCCUACAACCUCCAGUGGACCCAGAGAGAGCCGGCAGCUACAGACCGCAUCAUCGGCUACUGGGUCAACGUCCGCACGAUUAAGCAGAAUGACAAGAUGAACCAGGUGAACAUGUUCUCCAAGCAGAUCGACAAGAAGGAGCCCGUGAAGGGCAGCCUCAUGUCCUACACCCUGACUGACCUGAAGAUCCCUGUCUCCUAUGAGAUCCGCCUGGCCCCCAUCACCACCUACAGCACCGGAGACUAUGUCAGUCGCACCAUCCAGUACUCAGAGCCCUACAUUUACCCAAGACCUUCAGACCACGUCUGUGGCUUUGAGGACGAGCGCAUCUGUGGUUUCUCCCAGGACCGGGGUGACAAGUUUGAUUGGACUAGACAGAACCACCUGACCCAGAACCCCAAGCGCUCGUCCAAUACCGGCCCAGAGAUGGACAGGAGUGGAAACAAAGAAGGUUACUACAUGUACAUCGAGGCCUCUCGUCCACGGGUCGCUGGGGACAAUGCCCGUCUCCUGUCCCCUCUCUACAAUGUUACUGCUACCAGAGGCCCCAAGGGCUCCGGUCGUCUCCCCUACUGUGUCUCAUUCUUCUACCACAUGAAGGGCAAGCACAUCGGUUCCCUGAAUGUGUGGCUGAGGGUGAAGAGCAUCGCCUCUGUGGGCGAUCGGGUCUGGACUCUGGAUGGGAACCAGGGUCCUGACUGGAUUCAGGCCAACAUCAACGUCAACCCCAGCGGACCCUUCCAGGUGAUGUUUGAGGCUAUUCGGGGAUCGGGCUAUGAAGGGGACAUUGCCAUCGAUGAUGUCUCAGUCACCAAAGGGAAAUGCAAGCAGGAGAACUCUGUCUCCAACACAGUUUUGAUUGGGGGAGCCCCAGGUCUGCGCUCGCUCCCAUUGGUCGCCUCACUGACCUUCGCCCUCUGCUCAUAUCUACUGCUGCUCUACAGAUGAUGAGCACAACGCACAGCGUCCCCUGUCUGCCGAGACAGGCUACUGCCCAGACUUGCUCUCUCUUCUUCUCUCCCUGUGUCCCUCGCUACCUCUCCCCACUCCCCUCCCUUCUUCCUCUCACAUUCUCCAUCCACCUUUUAGUUUUCAUCUCCAGCCCUGUUUUCGAUGACAAUCCAUGCUUCACUUCUCCCAUUACACCUGGGUUAUGCUUGUAACUGACUGUCAUUUGAUUGACUCUCUCUCUCUCUAUCAUUUUCCUUUUCCACAAUCACCCCUUUACAGUCGUAUGUGGCUGUGUUUUUUCUUUCAACCAAUCACACUAUUUUUAACUGAGGCAAAGUCGCAAACUCAAUGACCUGACCUUUGACACCCAAUAUCACUCAAUCCAACCCCUCACAGCAGACACACUUCAUUCUUCUAUUCACUCUCACACACUCUUCCGUCACCCCCCUUUACUCUUUCCAACCCCCCCAGCGACCACCCGUAUCCCUGACACACCAAAGUGUCGGACACUCUACCAAAGAUGCUGAAGAACCUGAGGAAGAAAGGGAAAGGAUGGGUGGGGGGAGGGGCUGAGAAUAAUAGGAUGACAAGGGUAGGGGGGUUCCCCCCCUCCUUAUUGAACCCUCCCCUUCGCCUCCUUGGGUUGGGCGCCAGGGAGCUGCCGAUCACAGCAGACUGAGUGACUGACAGACUAAGGAGGCUAGGAAGGAAGGAAGGAAGGAAGGAAGGAAGGAAGGAAGGAAGGAAGGAAGGAAGGAAGGAAGGAAGGAA